UUGAACAGUUAGGUUAUUCUGAAAAACCCUCUCGGUGGUUCUAGAGGAGCUUUUAUUAUGAAUAUUAAUGAGUUUUGACAUUUUUUUCUCUUCAAGACUGAGUAUUUUUAACCGUAAUCGUGUGAACUUUUGUAGUGCGUGUAUUUUCAAAGUCUGAUGCCCCUAGGCAUCUAAAAUUUCUUGUUAAGUUCUUCUCUGUAGAAGAGGACAAAUUAUCUAUCUUCAGUUUUGGCUGAAGUAUUGUUUGCUUUGAUGCUAUAAUGACUGGCAGCUUUCAAAUUGGCAAUGUUACCUGAGGACAUACCGCUGCUAUGGAUAGUGUCGCUGACUGUAAUUGUCUCUCUGAUCUUUGUCCUAAUAGAAUGUGUGUGUGGCUGCAAAAAAUCAGUUCCCAAGAAUGAGCUGCUUGGGCUGGCAGGUUUGGUGAAGCUUACCAACCCUGAUGAGAACGUCAAUUACACCCCACCAGUUGUUCUUACUUCCAAGGAAAAUUCAUCCCCCGAUAUCACUAAUAAUGGCUUCGAUAAUCCCAGAAGACUUGGAAGCAAUCAUUUUCCAGCAGGCUUAAGCAGUACUGCCACCAGAAGUCUGCCUGAUCUGCCGGUUGAUCCGGAGCGAUCACAGCUAGCACCCGGUACCAUCAGCUCUGAUGUUUUAUGGGAGCGGGGUGAGCAGAACAACAGUGGUGGCGACACAGGCUCUGAAUUAUAUGCAACUGUGGGCGAUAAUAAAAAUGAUCAAAAAUCCAAUCGAAAAUAUAAUAAUCCAUUAUCCUCCAAUGGAAAAAGUGAGAGUCUUGACUCCCCAAGUCAGACAGAUGACAGUAUGUCACCGUAUGCCAGAGUUAAAGGAGAAAAUCCAUAUCAUCAAAUCAAAAAAAGUGAACAUCCUUACGCGCAGGUUGGUGAUAAGCAUGAUACUUCCCAGUCCUCACGACCCGGGAACUCGUCAAGAGAUGCAGAUGAAGUUGAUGGAGCUCAGAGAAGUGUGCCCUCUCCCGGGCGAAAGUCAAACAGCAAUGAUUCUGGGACUGAACGAGAUGUGUCGCGGGAAAGCUCAGCCCAAGAUAUUCCUGCAGCAACUGCAAUCACUGGUGGGAUUGCAGCCAGUCAUGAAUUGCCUUAUAUGACACCACCUCUUCCUCAGAAUACUGUCCAGCAACCUCAUUUCAGUGGAGAUUCUCAGGAUUCUAGCAAGGGCUACACUAGCAUCAGUGUACGUGAACCGUUAGCAAAUAUCAUGGGUGAAAGAAAUCGCCGCAUGGAAUUAGUGGACUCUCAUUACGCCACAGUUUCAGAUGAUUCAGAUGAAAUGUAUGCGGCCAUCGAUGAGCCAGCAAACCAGGUUUACACGAGUGGAAGUGAAACUUAUGCGCAAAUUCAGCCUCAUAUAUCAUCAGUAAGGGCUGAUGUCGAACCGGUGAUGAUGAGUCAAGCUGUAACAUCAAGCAUGGCUGAUCCACCCCAGCCACCAAGUGUAAAUAGCUUGAAGCAUGUCAGUGCCCAUGCCCAUUCACGGCAAGCCUCUUCAUCUAGUUGCACAAGUUCAAUUGCAAAUGUUGGCUCACCUAAACCUGAAAAGCGGCAAGCCAACUCACCAUUGCCUCGUCCACCAGAAACUAUUGAUGAAAUGUAUGCCAAAGUUAUUAAGAAAAGAAAAGAAACAACUAGCUGGUCUAGCAGUCGAGAUUCAAUCUGUAUAUCUGAUCAAGAAUCAAAUCCAACGCGCCAUUCGAUUGGAGACAUGGACAAAUUCACCAGCAAUCAUGACAGGUCAAUGAAGCAGCAGAAUUUAGAACAGGCAAAAUUAGAAAAUGAAGAGGUAGAAUGUGCGCAUGAUCAAAUUUCAGGUUAUGAAACAGUUUUUGGUGAGAAGAAGUCUGGUCUUGGUUAUGAGACUAUAAAUUCUAACCGCACACCACCUUAUGAGCAGUUGUCUCAUGAUGUCUACCAAGAGGUAGGUUAUGAAGAAAUCCACAAAUCUAAUUUAACUGACUCAGACCCCAAUUAUGAAGAGUUGAAGCCGCAGUCAGGACUCAAGUAUUCAGAAGCAAGCUAUGCCAAAGUGAACAAAGCCAAGAAAACUCCGCAAAAAUUAGUUAUCGCUGAGCCUGAUUAUGCAAGUUUGACAAAUGUAAAGCAGAUGAAUGGUGAGUCAAAUUAUGAGAGUAUUGGCAGAGAGAUCUCUGAGCCAAAUUAUGAGAGCGUUCAAAAUUCAUCCUAUGGAGAUAGUGCCGAUGAGAUUCCUAAUUAUGAAACUGUCAAAUCAGUAACUUUGCCAGCUGAUAUCCAGGAGGACAUGUAUUCUAAGGUGAAUAAAUUGAAAAAAAUGUAUAAGUAGUGUCGUAUGUCUCCUUUGUGAGACUUUGCGUAUGAACCCUUUGCUGGACGCACCUCGCCGCCGCGGCAAUUCACUUAAACAGGCGUAUCAUGGCAUUUGGACUGCAACGUAUGAUUCUCUUUUUCUGGCAAUACUGAUGGUUUUAAAUUUGUCAGUAUACCUUAUCGUAUAUUGUAAUCUAUUUCUACACGACCUCUCGUCUUUUCAAUUUUUUUUAGAUAAAUUCAAACCUUUGAAUUUUCGAAAAUGAAGUAGAAGUUUCUUCUAUGUCCUAUCAGAAACUUUUUCAAGAGAGCAUUCUUUUUUCAUUACAAAUGUUGAAAGAACUAUUCUGUGAAAAAAAAAAAAUGAAUUAAUUCGUUAGAAUUUUUUUUAAACAAAUCGAGGUGUUGGGUGCCGAAAGGGCAUUCUUUGGCUGCAGUGUUUCAGAACUUCCACUGCUAAUGUAUGUUUUACAGGG